GCUGAAACUGAGCAACUUCACAUGCUGCCUCUUGAUAUUUGACUUUCGCAUGUAUAUGUAUGUGUAGAAAUAUGGAUUUAACUCGUAAUCCGAGCACUCGAGCUGCUGGACGUUGAUAAUGGUUGGAAAUAAAUGGAUGUAUAUCGGAAGUGACCGCGACGAGCAUAUCAGACGGAGAAAUAUGUGAAUUUCAGAGGAUCAGCUGUGAAAAAGAAAGCAGAAGAAACACAGAGGAUCUCACUAACUGGAGUUGUGUGUGUGUGUGAUACUGGAUAUAAUCUCAGAUGACUUGGAAAGUAUGGCAGCACAUUGAAUUUUCCUCAAGACGACUAGAAGUCACUGUAGGAGAAGCAGCUCCAUGAUACGGAGAGGAGCAAAAACACGGGAGGAUGUCAACAGAGGCCGAACUACAAGCAGAUCUUAAAGUCCCCGUCAAGAAGGAGUCCAGGAGAAGAGGUCGGUUCAGCGUUUUUACAGUGACAGGUCAGGAUCGCAGUGAACAGGCCCUGAUUCAGCGCUACAGAGGCGACGGCGUCCGUUAUAAGGCUAAACUGAUUGGGAUUGAUGAUGUGACGGCGACGCGAGGAGACAAACUGUGCCAGGACUCCAUGAUGAAGCUGAAGGGAAUCGCUGCCUCAGCACGCUCAAAAGGGAAACACAAGCAGAGGAUUUUCCUGACCGUGUCUUUUGGUGGAAUCAAGAUUUAUGAUGAGCGAUCAGGGGUCUUACAGCAUCACCACUCUGUACAUGAAAUCUCCUACAUUGCCAAAGACUCACGGGACCAUCGCGCCUUCGGUUAUGUGUGCGGGAAAAAAGGCAACCACAAAUUUGUGGCAAUCAAAACAAGCCAUGCGGCAGCGCCAGUUAUACUGGAUCUGCGGGACCUUUUCACCCUCAUUCAUGAUAUAAAACAAAGGGAAGAAGCAGAAAAAAAGAGCCAGAAGGAAAAACACUGUGAACAAGUCAUCUAUCAGACUAUUCUGGAAGAUGAGGUUGAUGAUCCGGUGUAUCAGUACAUUGUGUUUGAAGCCGGACACGAGCCCCUGCAUGGCCACCAAUCAGAGGAGAGCGUUUACCAGGUCCCCACAAGUCAUCAGAAAGACGGGAUCUAUGACGUUCCAAAACACCAUCUUAUGGCUAAUAUUAGCCAGGUGGAUCUUUUUGGAGAUAUGGCCACCCCUCCAGACAUCCUUUCAAUGCCUGCGUCCCCGGCCACCACACUGGAUCCCGGAAGGAGACGACGAUUUGUCCGACCUGAACUCUUCACCCAUUUUAGCCCACCGGCUGUGCCCACAGGUUAUAUGACCAUGGGUGCCCUCCAGGCGGCCCACUGGACGCCCCAGGCCACUCCGAUGGCGUUCGGGGUUCAGACACCUCUCCACAUGGCCCAGAUGCUCCCCGGAGGACAGCCUGUGAUCUGGGGCCAGGCCAAUCUCUUUCACUCCCCAGCCACGGGUCAGCAGCAGUGGGCAUUUGUCCCAGCGCAGGCCGUGGGUUUGGGGACGCACCCUAUUUCAGCCGCGGUGCUCCAGGGUCUGAUCCCCAUCGCCAGCAUGCGCCCUCAGUCCUGUGAACCUCCGGAGACGUCCUCAAACUUUAUGAGCCCUCAGCACUUAGCAGACUCAACAGAAUCUGAGCAUGCUCUAAACACGGAUCCUCAUGAGGAAGUAAUAACUGCGGAGAUUUGCAUAAACAAACAGGACACUAUUGCGCCCUCGGUGGACUGCUGCGAGGAGCUGGAUCUUUCACAGAUGACACUGCAGACUACAGAGUCGUCAACAUUGACGUCCGCUACUGAUUCCUGUGCGACUCCUGAUCCGGAGAAGCAAACCACCACAGAUGCCCCUUCAGUAGAGGAAUUAAAGGACAGCUCAGUCAGUGUGCCAGAAGAUUUGGAGAAAGCAGCAGAUGCUCAGAUAAAUCCUCCAGACUCUUCCCAGCAGGAUGCCUAAAGAGCGACGUCUUCUGGGAAGAGCCACCGAAGAGGAAACACAGCGAUGCAGAAGGGACUGAAAAUAACUGUGCUGAACUUUGUGGGACGUUUCACAAACUCUGAGGACCGAAAACUGAGAGACUGAAUCUAUUUUAAUGAAUAAGGUGCACCUUUAGCUCGCAAAGGACAGAGUUUGACUGCCUAUCAAUAGCCGGAAAUGAAAUACUCCAGAAAUUAAAUAUUUUUUUGCAAAAUAAAUCUAAAAACUGACGCAAUAUGGGAAACGAGGCCAGUGGGAUUAAAGUAUGAUGCACGUGCAAACGCAUAAAGUCAAAGAUGAAUAAAAGAGUGGAUUUUAUUCACUUGUGAAGCUGUUUAGAAGCCAAAAAAAUUAAUAAUCAAAUUAAAAUCAUGUUGCUUUCUUAUUUAAAGGUGCAGUAGGUGAUCUGCCUAAAUGCUAUUCAUUAGCAGAAUAUCUUUGAAAACACAGUCCCUCCCCUGCCACCCAAAGCCACGCCUCCUGAAAUAACGAACAUGCGCGUUAAGGAUGACAGAGACCCACUAGAUCAGGGGUUGGGAACCUUUUAUUAGCAAAGAGCCAUUUCUGAUUUUUUUAUCAAAUUAAUUUUUUUAAAGAGCCAUUGGGGUGUAUCUUAUAUCAUUUCUUCAUUUAUUUUCCUGUACAGCUAAAAAAUAAACAAAUAUGAAGCAUCACAUGUUGUGCAAGUCCAUAAAUGAAGAAAGUUUAUAGAAUUUUUCACUUUCGCCAUCACCACUCAUCAAUGCUGUUUGACUUGUACGAGGUGACCAUAAAAAUGUAAGUUGCUUGCCCUUUAUUAGUGUCGCGAUUCAAGUUAAUCCACAGCACCGCUUUUAUUGUAAACUGAGUUCUUAUUCAUUUUGCUGUAAAAAUACAUUAAAAAGGGAAUUAAAGUUGUAUUUUUGACUGGAAACUGAUUUCUAGUGACAGCUUUAAAAUAUUAUUGAAGAGAGACCGUUGGAGAGCCACAUAUUUUUUGGUCAAAGAGCCACAUGUGGCUCCCGAGCCGUAGUUUCCCUACCCCUGCACUAGAUCACGUCAUUCGCCAGUUAAAAAACUUUACAGUACUUUAUAACACUUCAAUUCCCCAAAAAACACUGUAUUACAUCUAGCAGGUUUCAGUUGUGUUGCAGCAGAACUUGUCAUAAGGUGCAAUACUUCAUGCAUGCAAGAAUCGCUGGUCUCACUCUCUCACACGCUUUGUCCUAAAGCGACUGCUGUAUUCUCAGUGCUUAGCCGGCGGCGUGCAGGAAUUACACUUAUUACAAAGCCAUACUGACAUGCUGUUUCAGAGUGAAUAUUCAGAGUAGCUGUGAACAACAUAGAGAGCGCAUCACAGAGUGUCAUUGUUCAGAUAUGACCCAAUGUGAAUAUAAAAGCAUCUUCAGCUCAGUAAAGCAGGCUAGGAGGAACAGAGCUAUUUACUGAUGUUUCAUUGUUAAACUAAAUAUAAAUCUACAUUAUACAGACCCUAUAGUUUUUCAUGAUUUUUUAUGAUUUUUUGCAAUAAAAUUGACUGAUUUUGUGGUGGUAAUU